AUGCCUUGGCACCCGCUCCCGCGCAUCGCCUUUGCGGUUGCAACUUUUCCCUUCACCGCCGAACGACCUGCCGACCUCCCCCUCGAAAUUGGCGAUGAGCUAUACAUCAUUGAGGAAACCGCCGACAGCAACUGGCUGAGGGGCUAUCUCGUCGCCCCUCCCAGUUUGCUUGCAGGUCUCACCUCUGUCCAGGGCCAGACGCUCGAGGCCAGAGUCUUUAGCGGUAUCUUUCCUCGCAGCUGCGUCGAAGUUCGAGAAAUGCUCGGCGAAUCCGAAGAUGGAGAUGACCACACCACCGAAGAUGACCAUGAUACCCAGACGAGGAGAAAUGAACGGCGGCAGGAGGGAAACGGAUCUGAAGAUUCUGCCAAGGGUGGGCUGGAAAUCGACGUUGAGAACAUCCACAAGCAAACAAAGUCCAAGUCCCCGCGCAAAAGUCGAGCGCCUUUGCGAGAACUGCCCAACGGCACCAGUCCCAAGCUCUCGAUCCCCAUCAAGCGCGAUCCAAAGAUGCCGCGCCCUCCAGCACCAGUACCAAUGCUCAAAAUUGGCGACGAAACACCCACAUCGGCAUCCGAACCCUUAAUAGACGAAAUAUCAUCCUGCCUGCGCGAAUGGCACUCCAAGAACCUCCACCAGCUUCUCCUCGCCAGAGAAUACUCCAAGCUCGACAAGCUCUCCCAGCUCAUCACCAAACUCAACCUCCAUCGCCAACAGUUUCUAUACAAUGUCCUCACUUCGCGCGAGUACGAGGCCCUCCGAGAAAAGACGGUAUGGAACUUGGUACAGGUCAACAAGCUUUGCGGCGGCGAAGUCAUUGUGCGUGAUCCUGCUGCUCGCGGCCGCAUCCUGACUGGGGAGGACUCUGUGGUGGCUCUCACUGAGCUGCAGUCUAGCAUGAGCCUCCUUGACGAGCCCCCAAAGCCGGCACUUGAGCUUGCCAGCUUGCACCAUUUACUUCUCGACGUCAAAGGUUUUGCUGGUGCCUCUACAGAGGAAACUUGCCUCGUUGCCUACUUGGCCAGCAAGCCGCACCACGACAAGCCCAUCAAUCUUUCGGAACCCUUCAGUAUCGACGUUCCUGCAGGGCGUACUAUGGGUAGCCUCAUGCAGGACGGCGCCACGCGAACGCUGUUUACCGACUUGUCCAGUCUCGAUGUCGGCGAUGUCCCUGCCGCCGAGUCAGAUCUUUAUCUAGUUGUCAAAGUUCUGUCUCCGCAAAGAAUCGAAAUGAUGUCGCCCCAGACGAGAUCGGGCAGCUUGGGCGACAACUACUACACUCGAGAGCAUACGAAAUCACUACCAAUUAGCGGAGGCAAAGGCUCAAGGAGAAGCUUCAUGUGGGCUGCCAAAUCUACGAGAUCCACGUUUUCCCGAGGCUCACCGUUUGCCAAAAUGGACGCUGUCAAUGAGCAGCAGGCGCAGGGAGAUCGACCAUACUCGAACCGCACAGAAAGCCGCGGCGAGUACGGCCCACCCAGCACUGCCGGCUCUCAAGCUAGCAUGGUAGCUGACGAAGUUCAAAUGGCCCAGCGCACCGUUGGCGUCGGUGUCAUGAAAUUGAACGCCAUUAUGAAGCAAGAGGAAGAAGUUGAGCAUGUUAUCAGCAUCUGGGCGCCCUCCGCAAGACCAAUGACCGACAAAGAAAUGGGCGAAGAGUGGAAUCCAGUCAUUCGAGAAAUUAUGGGCCAUUCAUCAGAAUCAUUCGAGAGAGCAAGACGUGGCGAACGACUCCAGGUCUCGCUCAAGGCCUUUGAUCACCCGGAUCCCGAUGACCUAAUCAAAGCCACGCCAACAAUCUUGUCAGGGGUGCUGAAAACUCGCAGAAUCGGUUUCUCCGGUGCACCAACACGACCCAGAUCCGACAUCUACCUGACUAUCAACGCCGCGGCCCUCGCGAAGCAGAACCUCCUCUCUAGAUACGGGGGAAGUGCUACCAGCAUGCCGCCUGGAAUGCAGGCAUCGAACUUGCAGGUGACGCUGGAAGUUCGGCAUCGAUCCGGUACCAAGAUGGAGAACUGCAUUUUCCCCUCCUCUAAUAGCAGUGGCGUGACGACUUUCAAAUCUGUCGCUACUGAACGUGGUGAGGCAUGGAACCAAACACUUCGCCUGUCGCUCGCCGCCGAUGAAGUAGCCCAAGCCCACGUUGUCAUGUUUGUGAGCGACAUGCCAAAUCCUCCUUUCGCCGUCGCACACAUACCUCUGUGGGACAGCGAAGCAUUCAUUCGUGAUGGUCCGCACGGCUUGCUGCUCUAUAAGAUAGAUGAGCAUACCUCGACAGCACAGGCAGGACCAACAGGCAAGGGUGGAUAUCUCUCUACUGUUUGGGCACCACGGGGCAGAGACGAGCGCUCAGUCGAAGUGACUGGCCCGCUUGCAUUGCUGCUCAUUGAAACAUUUCUAUGUAGCACACGCUUCUCGCAAGACCGUGUCAUCCUUGGCCUUUUGAAGUGGAAAGACCUAUCACAAGAAGAUCUUGCUGCUGUUCUGCGCCAAAUCAAUUUCGUGCCCGAGAUUGAGAUUGUGAAACUGCUUGGCGAUAUUCUUGACGGCUUGUUCGGCAUCUUGGUCGAGCACUCUGGUAACAAUGAAUACGAGGACCUCGUGUUUACGGCCUUGGUCAGAGUGCUGGGUAUUGUUCACGACAGACGUUUUAACCUGGUUCCCCUGGUUGAUCAGUACGCUGAGAAGCAGUUCAACUACCCUUUUGCGGCUUCCUGCCUUGUUCGUGCUCUUACACGUCUGCUUCAGCAUCCAACAGAAACAGAGGCUGCUCGCAAGCUGAGAUCUACUUUCAAGAUUGUAAGACACAUUCUCAAGUUUAUCACACAAGCGCGCAGCCAGCAGCGAGCCAAAGAGGCAGGGAUUGGUAUCAAGACCUCGGCGCAGGGCUUCACCAAGCAGCUCCGAUCAAUCUUCAAAGCCCUAGAAGAAAUGAUGCGGAAUCCGGCCCCCGUUCUGGUUGGCAGCCAAACCCUUGUUGUGCAGCAUUUCCACACCUGGCUUCCCGAGCUGACGGACAUGCUCACGGCUGAAGAAAUUCUGCAUAUCGCCAUUGACUUUAUGGACUCUUGCACCGAUGUCAAGGGCAAGUUGACUCUGUACAAGCUGGUUCUCAUCAUCAACUAUUCCAAGUUGGAUAUUUUCAGCCACCCUGACCAGAGAUCUGCUCUGAGCGCCAAUACUGUCCGCUGGAUUAGUCCCCAUUGGGGUCACUGCCCCGAUAUGACUGACCAGUGGAGGAGCCAGAUCCGACUAUGCUGCUCUAUCCUUGCCAACCAGCUCGACUACAUUGGUCCCGAAAUUCCUGACCACGCGCCCAGGGUCAUUGACUCCUACCUGUCAAUUCUGGCAUCGCCCCCACCAACACGAAAGAAGCUGUCACUCUUGUUUCCUUCAUCGUACCCGUUCCCGACAAAGCCCACUUCACAAAAUGUGGACUUUGACGAAGCUUUGGCUGAAUUGUCCGCUAUUCUGUCCGCCAUCUCAAGCUCACCAGUGGGAAUGCAAUUGGAACUGGCAGACAGCGAUGUUCAGACAAUGCUGGAGAACGUGCUCCAGGUACAAAUGAGCAUUUUGAAGGGCGAGGCAUUUCCAGAAGGCUGGCUUAGUGUACACAUCUAUCAUCACAAGUCGGCUAUGCGCACCCUUCAAUACUUGGCCACAAUUCUUUUGGAGUCCUUCCUACCUCACCCCGAUGAUGCGGAAACCUUUAAUACCGAUCUAUGGAGGUUGUUCUUUGAGACAUUGCUGAAACUCGUCGGCAGCCCUUCGCUUGCGCUGGAGACUUUUCCUGAGCAGAAGAGACGAGCUGUUUGGAAGAUUGCCGGCGAUGUGCGUGAGGAUGGUGCUGCUCUUCUACGUAGAACGUGGGAGGCUAUCGGGUGGGAAGCAAGUAAUGAAGAACGCACCAGAUACGGACUGGCCAAGAUGGGCGGCUACCAAGUCCAGUAUGUUCCUGGCCUGGUUGGGCCAAUUGUGGAGCUGUGCUUGAGUGUCCACGAGGGCUUGAGAAGAAUGGCUGUUGAAGUAUUGCAAACCAUGAUUGUCAGCGAAUGGACAUUGAGCGAAGAUCUCUCUGUCAUCCAAACGGAGAUGGUUGACUGCCUCGACGUUUACUUCAAAACCAAGCCGCUGACAGAGAGCGUUUUGCAAAAACUUUUCCUUGGGGGGCUGAUGGAGAGAUUCGCUGCUCUUGCUGGAACUGACGAUGAACCCUUGACAGAGGCUCUGCAGGACCUCACUGGAACCUUGGACGAGUUCUUGGAUCUUUUGGUCGCGGUCCACAGCGGCGACAAUGGAAGUGGAGCUUUUGACAUCAUCAACCGCCUUCGACUCAUGGAAUUCCUUCGAGACAUGCAAAAGGAGGAGAUUUUCGUGCGAUAUGUUCAUCAGUUGGCAAACCUGCAGGCAGAAUCACGCAAUCAUGCUGAGGCCGGUCUUGCACUGCGGCUGCACGCUGAGCUCUAUGAGUGGGAUCCGAAUCGAGAGACUAGCGAGAUGGUUGAUCCUGAGUACCCAGCCCAAACACACUUUGAGCGCAAAGAGCGGAUCUACUUUGACAUGAUAAAGUAUUUCGAAGAAGGCGAGUCUUGGAGCAAUGCGUUGACGGCAUACAAGGAGCUUCAAGCUCAGUAUGAAACCAACAUCUACGAUUUCGCCAAGCUUGCUCGGGCCGAGCGCGCCAUUGCCACCAUCUACGAAACCAUCUCGAAAAGCGAAAAGCUCGUUCCCAAAUACUUCAAGGUUAUAUACCGCGGUCUUGGCUUCCCAACCACCGUGCGUGACAAGCAAUACAUCUAUGAAGGCUCUCCAGGCGAACGGGCUGCAGCGUUCACGGACAGAAUGCAGGAGCAAUAUCCAUCUGCCAAGAUUAUCACUAAUGAGGAUGGCGACGAAGUCGAAGGACAGUUCUUGGUUAUUUCUAUUGUGACCCCACACCGCGAUCUGACUCACAAGAUCUACCAGCGAACCCGUGUUCCUCAGGUCAUUCGUGACUUCUUGCUCUCCUCUCACCCGCAAGUCUUCUCUAUCACAGCGAAGCGUACAACUUCCGGACCUGUUCAAGAUCACCAUUCUCUGAAGUUGGUUUUCACGACUGCUGAGCCCUUCCCGACAAUUCUGCGCCGAAGUGAAAUCAUUGAUGUAAACGAGCUCGAGCUCUUUGCCCACGAGACUGCUUUAGAGCGCAUUGUGCGCAAGACGCAGGAGAUGGCUACUUUGGAGCGUCGCAUCUCAGAAGGCGAGGAGCAAAACAUGCAGCUUCUUUUGGACGCUGUCGCAGUUUCUGUGAAUCCCAAUUCUGACCAGAGUGUAGCUUGCUAUCGCAAGCUUCUUCCCAAUCCGAAGAAUGAGAAUGAAGAUGACGAGGACGAGGAAGAAGAGGAAGAGGAGCAAGAAGAGCUAAGCCCUAGCGAUGCGGCUAUCAAGACAGCUCUGAUUGACCACGCCAUGAUGCUCAAGAGGUGCCUGGCGCUGUUUGCGCGGACCAAGUCUGACCCCUUUGCUGCCGGCAGGCACGACGAAUUGCUUCGGCACUUUGAGAGCACAUUUGCUCCCGAGAUUCUCACCUUUGCACCCCCGGCCCCUGUCAAAGAGUUGAUAUCCACACCGUCGACAGUUUUCAGAGGCACUUCUCCCUCCAUCGAACAGAGCCCUAGGUGGCAAACGGUGGUUUCUCCUAAUGGUGGUGCGAAGCUAGAGGAAGCAUCGGUUCGCCGCAUCUCUCUGCAGCAGCCGCGAGGCACGCGCUUGAGCUUCCUCGGCGGCAAGAAAAAGAGUGUCGAUCAACAGCCCGACCUGACCGGCAUCAGCGAGUCGCCGAAGAGCCACGGCCACAAGCGAAGCCUCAGCAAAGACAACGGCAUGCGGCAGACCAUCUUUCGAUCGCACUCGAGCGAGGCCAGCAGCGCAGAGCGACGAGGCAGCUCUACGAGCACGGAGAGGCGCGAGUCGCAGGACGACCAGCACGCGCCGGCCAAGGAGUCCGGCCUGAUGAAGCGCGGCAACAGCGUGCGGAAGCGAUUCAGCAUGCUUAAGCUGGGUAUCAAGAACAAGAACAGCGCCAUCAUGGGCAGCGUUGACGAAGAAUAA